ACCCGGCCGGGCCUCCUUCCCGAUGGCUCCCCCCGGCGGCCCCCACAGCGACUGCUCCCACAUCAUUGAUCACAGCCACAUCCCCGAAUUCGAGGUGGCCCUCUGGAUCAAGAUCACCCUCAUCCUGGUGAACCUGCUCAUCUUCGCGCUGGGCAUCCUGGGCAACAGCGUCACCAUCCGCGCCACCCAGGUGCUGCAGAGGAAGGGCUACCUGCAGAAGGAGGUGACGGACCACAUGGUGAGCCUGGCCUGCUCCGACAUCCUGGUCUUCCUCAUCGGCAUGCCCAUGGAGUUCUACAGCAUCAUCUGGAACCCGCUGAGCACGCCGGGCUUCGCGCUGUCCUGCAAGCUGCACAACUUCCUGUUCGAGGCCUGCAGCUACGCCACGCUGCUGCACGUGCUCACGCUCAGCUUCGAGCGCUACGUGGCCAUCUGCCACCCCUUCCGCUACAAGGCCGUGUCCGGGCCCUGCCAGGUGAAGCUGCUCAUCGGCUUCGUCUGGGUCACCUCCGCCCUGGUGGCCCUGCCGCUGCUCUUUGCCAUGGGCGUGGAGUACCCGCUGAUGCCCGUGCACAACCACCGGGGCCUCUCUUGCAACCGCACGCUCACCCGCCACCACGAGCGGCCCGAGACCUCCAACAUGUCCAUCUGCACCAACCUCUCCGGCCGCUGGACCGUGUUCCAGUCCAGCAUCUUCGGCGCCUUCGUGGUCUACCUCGUGGUCCUGGUCGCCGUGGCCUUCAUGUGCUGGAACAUGAUGCAGGUGCUGAGGCGGAGCAGGCAGGGCACGCUGGCCGCCGAGGGGCAGCAGGAGCGGCUGCGCAAGUCGGAGAGCGAGGAGAGCAGGGCGGCCAGGAGGCAGACCAUCCUCUUCCUGAGUGAGUCCCCAAUUCGAGGCUUAGAGAAGAGAAGACCUAAUUCAAAUGCACGUAAAUGCAGCUCCAACUUUUCAACUUGCUUCUCAGGGCAGGGAAAUGACUGGCGACAGGAAAAUGAAAUGAAGCAGGACUUUGACAAGGAAGGUGCUACCUAG